CUUUAUACUGUAUGAUAAAUAUGUUUAAUGGAAUUCUUUUUAUCAAUCACAUGUCAAAUGUUUAUAAGAAGUCUUAAUCAUUUCAACUCAGAUUAUUUUUCGUUCGGUUCAUAAAACAAACGUCUGUUAAUCCACAAAUGAAAGAUGUCGCCCAUAAUAAUAUCAUUGGCUGUUUUCGUAUGUCUUCUCUCAUUUUGGAUAAGGUGGAGAAAAAGACAAAUGAGUAUAUUUCAGAGAUAUGGAAUUCCUGGACCUAAACCCAAUUUCAUUACUGGAAAUGCAAUGGAAUAUAACAAAAAGAGAAACAAGUGCUUCGAUGAAUGGAUAGAAAAAUAUGGAGAUAAAUAUAAAUAUUAUUUUAUUAUUUUCAGCUUUUUUCUCGGAGGCAAACCUUGGGUUGUCUGUCGUGAUUUGGAAUUAAUAAAACUUAUACAAAUAAAGGACUUCAAAAGUUUUAUGAAUAGAGAUUUGUUACUUCCAGAUGGAGGAAUUCCACAUAAUCUUAUAUUCAAAGCACUUACAAAACAACUUGAUGAAGAUUGGAAAAAUGCCAGAAGUAUAGUGAGAACAAGUUUCAGUACAGCUAAACUGAAAAUGAUGAGCCCUCUUAUGUCUGAUCCAAUAAAAAUAUUUUUGGGGAAAGUAGAAAAACAAGAAAAAUCACCAUUUGAUAUCGCAGACUUUUAUAAAAAUUUGACUUUUGAUAUAAUUUGUAGAGUAGCUUUUGGAAUUCAGACAAACGUACAAAAUAAAGAGACAAGUAAAUUUAUUCAAUCCAUCUACAGUUUACUGGAUGUUGAUUCCGCAGAUUUAUUGUCCAUACUAUCACUCUGUUUUCCCGAAAUUGAGCCAAUUCCUACAUUCUUGAGGAAGAUUGUAGAUAGAAUGAAAUAUGUAAUUAAUUAUCCAUCUGCUAAAUUGGCUUUCGACACAUGUGAACAAAUUGUGUCUUCUCGAAAAACAUCUGGUUAUCAUCCUGCAGAUCUUUUGCAAAUCAUGAUUGAUGCCACAGAUGAAACGGAUGGUAUCACAAAGAAGCUUUCAACAGAUAGUAUUGUUGCGAAUUCUAUUUUGUUUAUGAUAACUGGAUAUGACACUACGAGUACUACGCUAGCUUGGUGCACUCAUUAUUUGGUUAAACAUCCUGACAAGCAAGAAAGAGUCCGCCAGGAGGUUAAAGAAAACAUUGAAAACAAUUUGUUACUUCCAGAUGGAGGAAUUCCACAUAAUCUUGUAUUCAAAGCACUUACAAAACAACUUGAUGAAGAUUGGAAAAAUGCCAGAGAAAAAUANUUGGAUCAAAUAAUAUCAGAAACUUUACGUCUUCGUCCUCUUUCAUCAACUACAGUCAAUAGAAUAUGUUCGGAAAAUUUCCAUUAUAAGAAUAUAACUAUUCCAAAAGGAGUUACAGUUAUGAUUCCAGUACCGAAUUUGCAUAAAGACUGCACAUAUUGGAAAGAACCGGAAAAUUUCAACCCUGAUAGAUUUUCAUCUAAGAAUGCAGGACUAAUAGAUCCAUCGAUAUAUCAACCUUUCGGAUCCGGUCCAAGAGGAUGCAUAGGAAUGAGACUGGCUCAAACAAUUAUGAAAUUAACUUUGGCUAAUCUCAUAAGGAACUACAAAUUAGAACCUUGCGAGUAUUUGGAAGUCGAAGAAGAGUUUUCGCUUUUUGUACCCCGUCCAAAAAAUGGAAUUAUCGUAAAGACAGCCGCAAUAUCUUCGUAAAAUAUUUUAUAAAUGAAUUUUUAAAAUAUUCUGUUUAUAUCUGAAUUUUACAAUGAUGUUUAUAUUGUUUGUUAAAUUGUAAUUUCACACGAAUACUCUAUAUACUGAUAUUAAAUGUUUCUCGUGUAAUUUUUUUCUUAGAUUUUAAAACCAACGAAUUUAUUAAAUAUUUUUUCU